GCGUUGUUCCGCGGCGAUCGCGCAGCAUUGUUCAAGCUAGCCCGACGAGCUUGGCGGCGAAGCUGCCUUCUCCCGUCGGCGAAGACGCACGCUCUUAUGUCUACUGUAAAGCACUACGACGCCAAAGACAUUGACAGCCGCCUCGCGUACCAACUCCUCGUUGGUACCGUCGUCCCGCGUCCAAUCGCUUGGAUCAGCACGCUGAGCGAGAAUGGCGUGUCCAACCUCGCCCCGUACUCGUUUUUUACCGUUGCAAGCACGUUUCCGCCUGUUUUGUCCGUGACGCAAGUGAACCCUCGCGUCGGCGUCGACAAGGACACACUAUCGAACCUGAGGCAAACGAAGGAGUGUCAAGUCAACUUGGUCACUCAAGACCUCAUUGAAGUCAUGAACGGGUCAUGCGCCAACUACCCCCGCGACGUGAGUGAGUUCGAGGCGGUCGGCAUCGAGCCUGUCGAAGGUACGCGCGUCAACGCUCCUGGCGUUGCCAAGUCGCUCGUCCGCAUGGAGUGCACCUUGCGCGAUGUUGUGUCGAUUGGAAACAGCAGUGUCAUGUACUUGGACGUGGUGCAUUUCGUCGUAAACGACGCCGUGGCUGGUGACGGCCGGAUCGUGGACGAUGCUUUGUUCGUCGGGGUCGGAAAGGUCGGCGGCGACGGGUACACGAGCGUGAAGGACCGGUUCGAGUUGGCGCGACCGCAGCUGUAGAUAGCAACGAAACGUCAAUUUUCUCAACCCAUGCACUCGCUAUCGUGGCCACCACAACUCCACUCCCUCCCACCACACUAGCACCUUUUCCAACAUGGCCAUCGUAGUCGAAUGUUCGUCAUCACCCAUCGCCGACCUUUCCUCGCACAAUGCGCGGCAUGUCGCCAUCACCAUCUUCCACGAUCCAAGUCUGACGGACAAACGAGCUGGAAUAACGUUGAAUGGAUUGCUUAGAUGGUCGUGGACAGCGCACGAGUCGCCGUGGUCGCUUCC